AUGGGCCUCUUUGACUUCUUCAAGUCCUCUAAAGAGGAAUCUCCCCGUACCCAAGAACCAACCUGGGAUCCUAAUACCAUGACGAUGCAACAACCGUCCAGUCCUCCUGCUCCCAUUGUGGACCGUGCUGUGUCGGAGCAACCGGAGAAGAUGCAGUUGCGUGGUGGGGGUGCGGGUGAUUGUUGCUGCGGAAUGUAG